GACAAUAUCAUAAAAUCCCCCACCCCAAAAAAUAAAAAUAAUAUUAAUAUGUACUAGUCUGAACAGACUUUGCAAUUCUACAAGAUUCACUGUGGUUUUUUCAGUUAACUGAAAUUAAAUCUAAAUGUGUCAUGUGUCUGUCAGAAGUAUGUUCAAGGGGCUAUCCCUGGACAGCCCUUUAAAUGUAACAUGACUGAAAGGCAAUUUUGAGUAAAAAUGGUCUGAAUCUAUCUACUUUGAAUUUUGUACAAAUUUAAUAUAGAAAGCCAUAUCAAGGAAUAAAAUAAAAUAAUUUGCCUACCUACCUACCCAUACCCUGAAAACCUCAGUCGGGAAAGGGAAACAAAGAUAUUUUUAAUGUUGGCCCCGUCUGGCAUAACGUCUAUAGAUACCUUUUGAUGACUGCAAAAUUUGUCAUUAAUGGCAGGAAUAUUAAUAUUCUUAGUUGGUAAUAAAUAUUUUAAAAACGCUUCUUUCUGGUCAGGAACGAUAAAUAAAUAAAAUAUUUUGUUGAAACGAUGUGAAUCAUCGUUUGUGCUUGAAAUCGGACUUUUUUUUUAAUCAUUGUAUUUUUUUCUGGGUCAUUGUCCUUCAUAACAAUAUCUAUUCUAUGAUCUUGGAAAUUUUUUUCAAUUACAGGUAUUUCGUUACGAAAUGACUUCUUCAAGACCUGUAGGGAUGUACUCACUUUCACCAUCAUUUUACUUUCGCUUUCUUUCAGGAGAAUAUAACCAGAACACUGUGUAAAAUUUGUCACCACAACUGUCCAUAAAGACACUAAACAUAUUGCAAUAAGUUCGCUCUUCGUAUGAUUUUUAGCUGAUACCAUGAUAUAUUCCAGGUGUAUUUCAUAAUUGGCGUACGUUUCCAAAUGCACACACAAUGUACUUCUUUCUACCUACAAAGAACGUUACAAAAAUGUAUAAACAUAACACUUGUUUAUUAUCUUCACCGUUAGGCGUCGUUUUUGUUACCAUAUAUUGCUUUCUUGUUGACGAUUAAUCCACAUCUUAUCAUAAUCAUGUUUAUUUUUUUUAUUCUGCCCAAAUGAUGUUUAUUUCGGUUUCGGAAUAAAGAAUGGCGUCAUAGUUUCUAUUGAAUAUAUUCACAUCUCGUUUUGACUAAUUGUGAAAUCUAAAGUUGAUAUAUGCAAUAGGUAUUUGUUUCCCUUAAAUGCAAUGUAACCUCUACAUGUAUUUCCUUGUUUAAGCGCAUUGCUGCAAGUUUGAAAUUUGCUCAUGUUGACGUAUACCGCAUAUAUCUUGUUAAAAAUAAUUUUGACAUUAUAUAACAUGUUAGCAAUAGCAAUGUUGGCAACCAACGACCACGGUUUUCUCAGUACUGGGCUAUAUAUUUUCUUCUGGAUUGGGACAAGCUUUCUGGCCUAAACUAGUGUAUAAAUAAACUAUUGUGAUAUAACCUUUGUAAUUCUAACAAAAUCUAUUCCAAAGGAAAUACAUGUAAAACGGAUUCAUUGUAAUAUAAUGGAUCUUUGACCGUACUGUCCUUGAUAUUUGAAAUACAAAUUAAGUUUAGGUGCAUUGAACAACUACCAAUCUAGACGUGGGAACAAUUUGUGAAAAAAAACAUGCCCAUACAAUUACCAGUAAUCAGAAGGAUAUUUAAAGAUUAUGUUUAUUAAGUCUAAAAUAAUGAUACAAAACAUUACCUCUUCAGACCAUUUUUUGACACUCGUUUCGACUUUCUGUCAUCAGCAUUGGUUCCUUGAAGGAGAAAAUGACAGAUAAACUAUGAAUCUCGUUCACUCGCCACAGCACACUCAUAAUAUUUGCCAAACAAUAGAAAGAUUUCUGUUUUUCGUGUUCAGGCAUACAAAACUCAUUUCUGUACAAGCGGUAAUCCCUUCAUAUUGGAUUUAUAUACGCCUGACAGAGAGGUUGACUUUUUUCUAUUAAGUUUGUCGCACAUAUCCUAAGAUUCAGAGGUGGUUCUAGUUUGUAUUCAGCAUGAAUGAAAAUAAAACUAAGUUUUGACUUUGUUGUUUGAUUUUGAAAAUAGUCAUACUCAUCAGAAGUCAUUUUUACAUCGUAAAAUAUGACAUCAAAAUGAAUGUAUUCUUUUACAUCAUUACAAAGAGCGCAAUAUUUGUUUUCAAAAAUAAAGUUUUUGCCAACAGCAACAGGUGGUCCAGUUUCUAGAAAGUUUUAUUGGUAAACGUAUUUUUGUGUUGAGUAUAAGUGAAGAACUGCAAUAAGUCGUGUUUGUUUUGAGUAAAAUAUUAGUAUUUUUUUUCCAUGAUAUGGCUUGAAAACCAAUAAACGUAUUUUCAUCAGUAUUCAUCUUGAUACACUGAUGAACAUGGUUAAAGUUUGCUGUUGUUGAAUUGUGCUGAAGGCAGCAAUCGUUGUAAUGUUCACAGUCACUAUCACAGUUGCAGAACCACCAAUUUCCAUUCAAAGUCUCCUGUGUAGGACAUCUGCCUUCUGAAAAGCAAGCAUCUCCAAAUAUAUCAGGGUAGGUAGAUGUUUGCAUACCAGAAUUGGUCGUUUCAUCUCGUGAUUCCCUUUUGUUAGUACGUAUUUGGCGGUCCUCGUUUGUCUCGAAACAUCUGAAGUAGAGCCAUUUAUCAUGCUACUACUGGCUGUAGAUACAUCUGUCCAGUGUUAAAUUGCUAAUCUUUGUUCUUGUAGAGAAAUGGGUAAACCCAAACUUAUAAUUAUCACUAACAUAAUCUGAUUGACCUUCAUUUUCCUGAUGGUGCGAGAUUAUGUUCGUUCAUUGCAUGAUAUCAAAAUAUUAUUGUAUAUGUAUACAACUUUGUAAUAUAUCUGUACAGUGUCUCAUAAGUCAAUUUGUUUGGCUGGUUUUGGUUAUUUUAAAUAUUGCAUAUGUUUAAUUCUAUAUUGUUCAGCUGUUUAUCAAUACGUGACACCUGGGACUAUUAUACUAACAUAUUAUGUCCCAGGUGACACUUUGAUAAAAUAAUUUUUCAUUGUAAUUAUGAUUAUCAUUUUGUCUCAUUUUAAGCAGCAGUUUGUUUUCAUACAUAUAUAUAUAUAUAAUGGUCAUUCAAUUAGCACAUAUUGCUCUUUAUUUGUGUUAUCAUCCUUCCAUUAUGUGGAAAUCAAUUACUGAUAUUUAAUGAAAUUUUGACUAAAAGAUUAGCAAUAUAUAAAAGAACAUCAUUAUUGACUCGAUGUUACUAUUUUAGGAAAUGAUAUUGACUCGACGAUACUAUUUCUAGUAACAUGGAACGAAUAUCAUUUUAAAAUAUAUUAACGUUGAGUCAAUAUGUCAAAAUAGUGUAAAAAUACAAAAUAUAUAUUGGGAAACACGAAAAAUAAACCAUAUGUUAUAUAAAAAUAGAUUCCAAAUUAAGUGAUAUUCCUUUUGACCUACGAAACGAAUAUAUAUAUACAUAUAUGUAACUCGUCGUAGAGUUGUCACUGGUUCAGACGUACUUAUAUAUAUAUAUACAGUAAAAUAAUUGUAACACACACACAUAUAUAUAUAUAUAUAUAUAUAUAUAACAAGUCUAAAUUGAAAACAACGUUCAAACCUAUGAUUGCGUUGGAUAAAAACCGCAAUUUUUAUACGUGUGCAUGCAAAACAAAUUUCUUGUUAGAGGGGUCUAAAUACAGCACAAACAACAUUUUCCAAAAGACCAAAAAGUGAAAAAGUAUAUUUUAACAAAACGCAUUUGACUAACAGGUCGAACAACAAAUGUUCUUAAACCCUGCUGACUGCCAUUGGCGAUUGCCAAAUAAACGGAUCACCGAUGUAAUAAAUGGAUCUUAAUUAUAAAUUUAAUACUAAACAGAAAACAAUAAACUUGCGGAAAAGUAUAUAUAUAUAUAUGUGUGUUACAGUUAUUUUUUAUAAAAUGUUUGAAUUUCAGGCAAUUUAUAAUGACUGACAAUUUUAAAUAAAAUUCAACGCUGAAUUGCCUGUUAUUAUGGAGAAAACUUCAUAAGUAUGAUUUACAGGUGUCUCAUCUUUUUUUAGCAAAUAAAAUAUGUUUAAAGUUAAUCAGGUUAAUGUUAUGGAUAGCAUAUCGGGUUGUAAUGAAUGUCCCGGCAAUGUGUAACCAAUACCAGAGACCAAUAGUAUACCUAACACUGCAAUUUCAUGUUAUUUGCGAUAAAAGAAUUCGUAUGCUCCGUCGAUUUGAAAGUUCAGUGUUGAAUUAUAUGAACCUGAUAAUUGAACCGGGUGUGUUUCUUUUAAUAAUAUUUUCCUUCAAUUUAAAUAUAGUGCGAUGAUCAGUAAACCAUGACUACUUUUUCUUUUAUUUGAUACGUCAAUAGAAUUAAAAGGUCAAAAUAGUGGACAUUAAUAUGGCAAAACAGGAUUUUGGUCGAUAAAAGUAGCGGAUUACAUAGGAACAUGCAUUUAAUUAGAUUAUUAUACAGCGCAAUCAUGUUAUUUUACACAAAUUCAACCUCGACCAUAGAAUACUUUACAUAUGAGAUAACAUUUCAAGAGAUAGCCCAGGAAUGUCGGAAUGAAGGUGGUGUUCCUGUGUUUAAACAAGAUUCAACAUUUAACCUCAUUUCUGAUACCAGUGACAUUCCUGUGGGCCAGGAGUUCUGGGUUGGCGAUAUUUUGUAUACUGACUGGAUCUAUCCUUUAGAUUGUGUACGAAAGUCUUCAAUAUACGAUAACAGCCAAACACCAAAAAUCACAAAUAAAAUAUCGGAUUGUUAUCAACAUUGUUUUGAAUAUCCAGUCUUUGCAAUUCAGCUAGGUUAUUGUGUGUGCUUAGAAUCAUAUCAGAAGAUCUCUGUUCAGAUUCAAAGUGAAUGUACAGACGAAUGUGACGAUAUUGGUCUUUGUGGUGGAGGUGGUUCAACCAGCCAAAGUUAUGUUUCUGUGUAUAACAUUGCAUCAGAUAUAACCAAUCAUAACAUCCGUGUAGUCUAUGACACCUCCAUAGGAACAUCGUCGUAUGUGGAAUGCUUGACUGCUAGGUGCCAGUUGAACGAAUACAUUGCUAUGGAUUGUAAUUCUGGACCUACAAAAGUAGCAUUAUGCGAUACUGGUGAUGUUACAGAUGUAGUGACAUACAACAAUGGAUUAAUAUCCUGUUCUCAAAAGGUUGGAUCCUAUUUAUCUGUUUAUCAGUGUCAUAACUCAACCUCCCGCAUAGCAUGGAUUGGGCCUUUUAGAUUUACUUUUACUCCUUAUGAUGGCAUGAUACCAGGAUUACGUAUCGCUAGAGGUGCAAAAUGUGUAAAAACAAACAUGGGAAAUGUUAACUGCAUACAGACGACAGAACAGACGGACCUGCCCUUUAUUUGUGCAAUAGGAACAAAUCAACACCAGUCAACAACACCUCCCAGAAAUACGAAGACGCACAAUGAUGGAGAUUCAAUGACAGGAAUUAUAGUUGGGUGUGUUUUGGGAGUGACUUUUGUAUUUGUAACUGUCAUUGUAGUUGUUAUUUGGAGAAAAAAACAAAAAGCUAGAAAAGAUAGGUUAGAAAUAGACAAUUUAGAGGUCAUCAAUACCACACCGAACGAAUAUGAAAUAACAAGAAGGGACAGCAGAGUAUAUGAUCACAUAUAUGCACAGUCAACAGAUGUUUACCAUCCAUAUCUUGAAAUAAGGGACGGUUCAGUUUCUGGAUAUAAUGGUCAGAAUAGACAAUUUACUUCCACGCAGGAAUCAAAUGUUCAGCCAGUCAAUUUACCCAACGAUAUCAAACAAACAGUUAAUACGAAUGAUAUAAAUAUCUCAACAGUAAAUUUAGGAACAAACGGAUACAUAGAACCAGCUAGAACUCCAAACGUUGGAAGGAAGUUGCCUGACAUUCCGUUGGACCAGCGUUGACAAUAACAGUUUGGUCUCAAGUAUAUACAAUAAGCGGUUUAAUUACCAGAUAAAUCACCAUAGGUUUGUUGUACAGUGCCAAUAUGGUUUUAACUCUUAUCUUCAUCAAGAUUGUUACCGAUGAUUUUUAUUGCUUUUAUGUGAAAGCGUUGCAGUAAAUUCGUAUUUUGUCACUCAACAUUUGAUCCCGAACUGUUUCUUCUAUACGUGUACACAACUUGGUAAAUAUGGAUCGUCAGCUGAAGAUGUGACAAUAAAAUUAUGUUAGAAAGAUGAUGAUAUCAUUGAAUUUAGUGACGUUUUAUAUUUCAAUCAACGUAAGCUAUGUAAAACUGGUAAAUUAGGGAUUUUGUGACCACGAAUUACUUAAAACCUUUACUAAAUUCUUUCAUAGAUAUAGAGAUUUGUUUUUGAAGUUUGGCUGUAACUACAGAAAACUUACUACAAACGGGAUAGUGCAUCUUAAUUUUUACGGUGAUGUUGUUUACCGAGCCCGUAAAUUUAGAUACGAUUCGGGUAAACUUAACGAACCUUUAAAUAAACUUCUACCAAUUCAACACUACUAUUAGACAUUUGAAUAUUCUUUUUUAUCGAUAUAAAUAUUGAUUUUGUUAUCAAUAAAUUAAAACCCAACUAAAUAUUAUUGUUUUUUACAUAUGUACAGUCAUGGUCCUACAAAAUUUAUUACAAACAACAUAUCACAUCCUAAUUUUUACGGUGACGUUGUUUAUAGAUCCGUGUAAACUUAUGGAUCCUUUAAAUACACUUAUUCUGAAAGGUUAUCAAUUUAACACUGUAACAAUUUCUUUGAAUAUUGUUUUUAUCGGUACUAACAUUGAUUGUUUUAUCAAUAAAUUAAAGCAUAACUACA